CGUCUCUCCCACACGGAAACAACAAGAAGGUCGCAGUGAGCAGCGUAUUACCGAAAUCAACACCUCACCAUGUUGGGACAAGCUGUAAGGCGAUUUACCACGUCUGCUGUUCGUUCUUCACAUUAUGGUGAAGGACCAGGAAAGAACCUUCCAUUUUCCGUGGACAACAAGUGGCGUUUGCUGGGCAUGAUGUUGGUGUUCUUUGGCAGCGGCUUUGCAUUCCCCUUUGUCGUGGUCAGACAUCAGAUCUUGAAGAAGUAAAAGGUCUUCCGAGGCCAUCUGCAGGAACAUAUUUCACCAUCAGACCUCUACAUGUGCAGAGCAGCGGGACUCUCAAGUCUUUGUAAAUAAAAUGCCCUCAAAUAUGA